AUGAACAAGUCGGACAAAAAGUUCACCCUGAAGCUAUUUAAAAUUAAGAAUGGCAACAUCAACCUGCUGAAGAACAGAAUAACGCACUUUAGCAUCCACAACAAAUGUAUCCACCUAGUCCUGUGCAACAACAGCUUAAUAAAAUAUUAUUUGGAGAGUAAUGAACUCUCGCAUGUAGACUUCUACAAUAAAAAAACGACAAACAGUAAAGCAGAAAUUCGGUCCAUGUUUUUUGACAACAAAUGCUACCAUGGAUUUAUAUGCUUAGCGAACAAGGAAUAUAUUUACGUCCACUUUGAAUAUAACAUUGUCCUAAAUUUGGCUAAGUUAAAAAAGUACAACAUCUCAAGUGUGUGCUUCAACGAUUCCAAUGAGGUUAAAAAUACUGCACCUUUUCUGGUGGCAACCAAGGAUGGAGAAAUACUCGAAAUGAGUAUAAAUAACAGAACCAAGAGUAGCAGAGAGCAUGAAGUGAUUUUUUCCAACAGCCAACUUUCCAUUUUGGAUAUAAGCAUGAUCAAUCUGGACAUUUCAAACCAGCCCAGCUUUACAGAAAAUACGAAUGAUGAUAACAUGCUGAGCAUUAUCUACUUCACCACAUGCAACAGUUUGCACGAAAUUAGCUAUACGUACAAAAGCACCAGUGUGAAUAAUCCCACCGAGAGGAGCGAAACGUAUGCCCAGGAAACGAGAAUAAAAACAAACACAGAAAAUUUGAACAUGAACCAACCAAGGGACGAAACGAAGGUGUACGAAUGUUGUAUAGACUCCUUGACGUCUAUCUUGAAAAUUGAAAAUAUCCGAAAUAGGAAUUACCUCUUCUGGCUCAACGGCUGUUGCAUAUUUAUCAGCAAAAUUAAUAACUGCAAGGGGGGAAAGACUUCCAACCGUGCGAGCCGUGCGAACUGUGCGAACCGUGUGAAAGAUUACCUCUCCAGUGGAUCCAAUUGGAACCCAAACCAGGAUGGCAACAAUUUGGAGGAGCCCACCUUACUGUCCUGUUCCCCUGAGUCGGACACUUCACUCGAUGGGAUCAACCUUGCAUCUUUUAGUGAGGAAGACCAAGAGGAGGAGAUGAACGCGGCGAAGAGGUACAAGCGGGCAGUUCACAAAUCAACUGAGUCCCCAAAUCGGAAAAAAAACGCACAAACGAAAGGGACGUACAGAAGUAACCAUCCUUAUAGAAAAUCAUCGGAACCGGAGAAGGAGAAUAAGACUAAAGAGAUGAACAAAAAAGACAAGCUCAUGAGUGAGUGGUACCUAGAUAGUAACUAUGUCAUUGUGAACUUCCUUGACUUAAACAUAUUGACAAGCGAAAAUGCAAACAAUUUUGCAUUUACCAAAUCGUUUUACGAAUCCUUGUAUUGCCAAAAAGGGAACACAAAUGUAUUGGCUAGCCAUAUCGAAGAUCUACCCACGGAGCAAGAAGCAACAGAACCCGUUUUGACAACCCCAGAACCCAAACUUUAUGAAAACACCGUCUCGGCUGUUGUAGAUAUGUGUGUAAGUGAAUUAUACAUAUUUCUUCUGUUGGAAGAAAAACUAAUCAUUGUUCACAGUGGAAACCUUAAGAAGAUCUUCGAGCAAGCCCUAGCCAUCGAAACGUAUGGAGACGUCAUACGCAUAAUGAAGGACAAUUCCGAUGACCAAGUGUGGCUCUGUACAUCCAAGUACAUCUUCAAAAUUGUCGUCAAUAAGAAAAAAGGGGAAGGAUUUUACCUUAAUGAAUAUACACAACCAGACGAUUGCGAAAUGGAGUAUGCUAAUUUGAAGACCAAUCUGAGAAAAAAAAAUCUUUCAAAAAUCCUCGAGUCCUGUACAAAUUCGGAAAGAAUAAAAAUAAAAAAAUAUAUCCUAAAGAGUAAUAAGUACCAAAUUGAUCAGUUUAAAAAUUUACACAUCUCCACUGAGGAAAUGUUAAUUUCUUUUUUACAUAAAAGGCAGUACUUUCUUUUGGCGUCCCAUCUGUACAAUAACAUUCACUGCUAUAAUAACGUCGUCAAGAUAGUCUUCUUCAUAUGGCUCAUCCAGCUGUACUCCUACUCUCUCGAUCUGUACAUGCACCUGUACCUCAUCACGCGUUGCUCCUUCGCUCGGCGGCAGCUCCAAAAUGGAGCCAACGUGGGAACACAUUCAGGCGAGCAAUCAAGUGGAACUUCUGAUCAGCCAUGUGGAACCUCCGACCAGUCAAGUGUAGAUUCUGAUCAGCCAGGUGGAACCUCUGACCAAUCAAGUGUAGAUUCUGAUCAGCUAGGUGGAACCUCUGACCAAUCAAGUGUAGAUUCUGAUCAAACAACUGAAACUUCUGAUCCACCAAGUGGAACAUCUGAUGAGCUAAGUGGAACGGAUUCCAAAUGCGCCGCCCAACUGGGCCCCUCCGAUGAAGCAGAAUCGGGCGCAACUCCCCACCCUAGGGAUCGGCCUAGUGACCACUCGGAAGCAGCGACCGAUCCAAGUCAUGACGAACUAAGCGGAAAGAACAGCCAGUCGGUCUAUGAAACGGAAGUGAAUAAAGCUAACGAAGCUAAGAAGGCUAACAUGGCGAAGCGGAAGGAAAAGACCCAUUCGAAAGAAACCGGGGCGCACGCGAGCGCAGAGGCAGGUGAAGAUGUGAUCGCAACAGAGGCAACGUUGAACAACACCGAAGGAGGCAACAGCAACAUUGGUAACCACCAAUACACGAAUAACGCUGAAAAGCAGCAGAAAGGAAUAACGAAUGUGCGUAAGAACAACGUAGAGAGUGCAAUACAAAAUGACAAGUAUCUGAGAAUCGGAAAAAAAUCCUUCAUUCGCUUCUUCCAGAAGAUCAUAGAGAAGGACGAAAGGAAUGAUCUAAAAUACAGUUUCGACUUUUCCAAGGGCAAGAAAAUGAAUAUCAAAACGCUAACACAGAGCGACAAUUUUUACGUCCUUCUGAAAAUAUACAAAAUGAAGAAUGUGGAAAUUUUCAAUUUUUUGAAAGCUCAGAAGGAGCUGAUUUUGGCUGACCUCGAGAGGUACAGAAGGAUCUUCGUGGAGGGAGAGGAACACCUCGCAGGGAAAGAGAGGCGGACGAAGAAAAGGGGGAUAUCCCCCACAGCGCCGCUGACCUCGGAAGAGGAGCAAACCGCAACUAUGCCUAAAACCGCGACAACCCCGCCAAUCUCAACCACGCUGCCAGCCUCGACCACGCCGCCAACCUGGAGGGCGGAUCGCGUGAAGAGAAAACUGUACAGAGACAUCUACGCGUACAAAUGCCUCGAAGCGAGCGUAUACAUGAUCAUCCUGCUGAAGCACUUCAAAACAUUCUUCCAGCUGAAUGACGUUAUUGCACAGAUCCUGGAGAAUUUCAACAAGACAAAUUUUAUCCUGCUCUUUAAAUUCAUGUGUAACGAUUACAAUUAUAUAAUCAACUUCUACAUCAAUAGCAAUAAGUUCACUGCCCUUUUUAACGUCAUGUUGCUCUUCCCUCAGAAUGUGCUCUUGGACGUGCUAAAGAAUUACGCCUUCAUUUUGUACCUACACAAGCCACAGAGAUAUGUGGAUAUGCUAAUUUUCUACGACAACUUGAUUGACGACUACGCGGACGUCAUUGUGUGCAUGUUUGUCAUAAUUUAUUUUUUUAAAGGCAGCGAGGUGGCCAAAAGGGGGGAUAUCAGCGAUGAGAACGGCGGUGGGGACCACCAUGACAACCUUGGUGAUGGCGACCACGAACAAGGCCACCGAGAUGAUCAGCGACAAGACGACCGAAGCGGACAUCCCACUGGCCAGAAGCACACAGACGAAUGCAUCCGAUUCUUAGAAUACAUUGCGAACAAAAUAAUCGAGGAAAACACGUUGACAGAAAGAGAAAAUUAUAUGUACACAUUCGAAUGCACAUGGAAAAAAAACCACGUAAUAAAUUGCCUACUCAUUUUGUACAUCGAAAAAGAAGAGGAUGGAAAGAUAAAAAAUUUCUUAAACAGAUUAAAAUCGUCGGGCAUUCAUUUCGACUAUCUGUUUAUUAUACGCUUUUUGAAGGAAAAAAAAAAAGAAAAUUUCAUUCCCCAUUUUUACAUAAUUAUGAAAUAUUUCGAAGAAGCCGUUGAUAAAUCCCUCGAACUGGGGGAUUACAAGACGGCCCAAAAUGCCGUAAUACUAUGCGAAGAUGAAGAAGAAAAAAAAAAAUUAUUUCUCAAAAUUAUUAAAAACAUCUCCAACAAUUUAAAUGAAAAAAACUUAAAAGAAAUAAUUAACCUUGUCCGUGAUUCAAAUUCGAUUUUAAAUUUACAGGAUAUACUUCCAUACAUUAAUGAAAACACAAUUAUCGAUUACUUAAAGAAGGACAUUUGUUCCCUCCUAGGAAUUUACCAUUUAAAAAUACAGGCCAAAAAAGAAGAAAUUAAAGAAAACUUACAAACCAUUGAUCUGCUUAAUGGAGACCUCAACAGCCUGAGGAAAAAAUAUCUCCUUCUGGACAAAAAUGACAUUUGCUAUAUAUGCAAGAAGACAAUUUUUUACAAAAAGUUCUAUGUUUUUUCGUGCAAGCAUUAUUUCCACAGCACUUGUGCUUUGAAUAUUUACCUGAACUCGAAGCCGAAAGAUGAACUAUUCCAGUUUUUCUGUACUCUUCAUAAUUACAAAAAUGCGCUUAUCAACAGGAAUGAGAAGGACCUACUCAGGUAUGAGACGAAGAUCGAUGACAUCCUGACGGAGGAAUGCUUCCUCUGUGGCUCCAUUUCGAUCAGCUCCAUUUCGCAACACUUCAUUUCGCAGAGUGAGGGUGACUUGGUGGACAGCUGGGCCAUAUCGAAGGAGUAG